AUGGAGGCCUAUAUUAGAGGUCUUAUUCCUAAUUUGGCUCAGCUUUGUGACAUGCCUACAGAAUUUGUUCAAAUGUAUUGCCACAUAGCUGCACAUAAGUUCUUCUUCUUUUGUGAUCCCAGUAGGCGAGAUGAUGAAGGGAGCUGCAUUACAUUACCGAUUGCUUUUGACCAUAAAAGACAACAGUCUGCUCCUUCCACAGUCAUUUUCGUCACCCACGCGCACCCCUAUCCAAGUGUACUACACACCCCACCUUUACACGCGUACACUCUCACGUGCCACCAUCCGGAACAGACAUAUAAUGGAAUUCAAUUCGUAAGCGGGCCCCUUCCUUCAUCUCAUUCCCAUCCCCACCAAAAAAGUGAAAUAUGUGAGAGAGAAAACACACACACACACUUGCACCAACGUUUGCAGAGAGAGUUCCAAAGCCUCCAAUUUUUAUUUCUAUCUUCAAUCCAUUUCCGUACGUUACAUUCAUUCUCGGUUUGGAAAAUUAUUUGUUAUGGCCGGGAGCAUUAA